CACAAAUGGGGUGGGCUUCUCCUUGCUGGGUAGCCCGGCCUGCUGUGCAGCCUCAAGGUUCCACCUCAUGUAAACUUGUAGGGCAGCCGCUGCUAUCAUACCUGGCGCUGGGCACCGAGGUAUUGCUGCCGAGUUCUGUUGGGAGGGGAAUCGGCCCCAGCUCCGGGCCCCGUGUCACUCUGCAUCGCCACCUCGGCCCGGCCCAGGCUUCUGCACUCCAUUGCAGGCCUUGUCCUGGAAAAGGUUAGUACUAGGCGGCAUGUCCGUCUCAGCCCUGCCUCCUCCAGGACGAGGGGGCCUAUAGAGGGUCUGGGAAGAAGGUGGUGGUGACGGCAGCUGUCACCGUCUGGCCAGGCGCCAGACAGGGCUGCUCUGAGAGCCCCCAGCCAUCUCUGCUCCGCCGUCACGCCUGAGCCGUGCCUGCUUUUCGGGGAGAGCGGACUGGUACUCAAGGGAAACAGCUGUACGACGGGAAAAGGGACUGCCGUGAAGCUUAUUUGAAGUUCGUCUCGUCUACAGAGGAGUGCAUUAGUGUCGAGCAGUCAGGAGAGGGUGGCCUGUCCUGGUCGGCUCGACCACAGACGCCUGCAUUUCAAGAGUCGGACGGGAAGCGGGAGGUGCAGGCAGGCCCUCCGGCUGCUAGGGGAGGCCAAGCCAGGCCCCCAGGCGCCAUGCGGGCAGCUGCCCCUCCCCGGUGACCCCGGGCAGGCGGGACGCCGGACAAUCCCGCCUCCACGCCCCACCGUCCCCGCUGCGGCCCGAGUGCGGGCGAGCCCGCGUCCCCGCGCCGACUCCGCAGCUGUAUUUCGGACGCAGGCCUCUGGCCGGGGCGGACGGCGCGAGGAGGGUCCGGCCAGGAUGGACCCCGCCCUCCGGACGGGUCACCCAAAGCCCUAGGGUCCUCAGCGGGCGGGUCGUCCCUCGGGCGCAGAAUCUGACAAAUGGGGCUGCAUCUGUCAGGCGCCCCCGAUCGGACCCUUUCCUGCCAGGAAGCCGGCCCGGGACGGAGCUGGAGAGGCCCGGCCCAGUGCCCGCAAGAGGAGUCGCGGCGGUCCGCCCACUUCCGGAUUAUGAAACCACGCCCACUUCCGAGCGGGGAACCACGCCGGCUUCCGGGUGGGCGGGGCGGGGUCUGCGCACCCGCCCCUCCCGGCGGUCCUCUGCGCGUGCGUCUGUCCGUCCGUCCGUCUGUCCAUCCGUCAGUCCAUCCAUCCCCUGACCUGUCACACGCUCGGCCGGGCCUGCUCGGAGCCGCUCCCAUCAUGGGCUGUGGAGCCGGCGGGAGCUGCACGCCGCGCCCGCCCAUCCGCCAGCAGCCGGCACCAGAAACCCGCGUGGUCGCUGUGGUCUUCCUCGGCCUCCUGCUGGACCUCCUGGCCUUCACCCUGCUGCUGCCCCUGCUGCCUGGGCUGCUGGAGAGCCACAGCCGUGCCCACGACCCGCUCUACGGCUCCUGGCAGCGCGGGGUGGACUGGUUUGCAGCAGCCAUAGGGAUGCCAGCGGAGAAGAGAUACAACAGCGUCCUGUUCGGAGGUCUGAUCGGCUCCGUUUUCUCGCUCCUGCAGUUCCUCUCAGCACCACUCACAGGGGCCGUGUCUGACUGCCUGGGGAGGCGCCCGGGGAUGCUGCUGUCCCUGGCAGGUGUGGCCACCUCGUACGCCGUGUGGGCUGGCUCGAAGAGCUUUGCGGCCUUCCUGGCCUCCAGGGUGAUAGGCGGCAUCAGCAAGGGGAACGUUAGCCUCUGCACCGCCAUCGUUGCCGACCUGGGCUCACCGUCUGCCCGCAGCAAGGGCAUGGCAGUCAUCGGGGUGGCCUUUUCUCUGGGUUUCACUCUGGGCCCCACCCUGGGAGCCUUCCUGCCCUCGGAGAUGGUGCCUUGGCUGGCCCUGCUCUUUGCCAUCUCUGACUUGCUGUUCAUCUGGUGCUUCUUGCCAGAGACGCUGCCCCCAGAGAAGCGGGCACCCUCCAUCACCCUGGGGUUCCGGGCGGCCGUGGACCUGCUCAGCCCUCUGGCCCUGCUCCGCUUCUCGGCUGUGGCGCGGGGCCCAGACCCGCCCACUGGAGUCAGUAAGGAGCGGGCGCUGGCGGGUGGGGCUGGGGGUCCCUCAGGCCACCUUGGGGGCUGCAUGCAGGUCAGGGCCGCAGCCCCUCCUCGCUGCCCCCCAGGGCUUGGCAGCCUGCGCGGCCUGGGCCUGGUCUACUUCCUCUACCUGCUCCUGUUCUCGGGCCUGGAGUUCACGCUCAGCUUCCUGGUGCACCAGCGCUUCCAGUUCAGCAGGGUAGAACAGGGGAAGAUGUUUUUCUUCAUCGGUCUCACCAUGGCCACCAUCCAGGGAGCCUAUGCCCGGCGGAUCCGCCCUGGCAGGGAGAUCGCGGCUGUGAAGCGGGCCAUCCUGCUGCUCGUCCCUGCCUCCCUCUUCGUCGGCUGGGGACACACGCUGCCCAUCCUGGGCCUGGGGCUGCUCCUCUACUCCUGGGCCGCAGCCGUCGUGGUCCCCUGCCUGUCCUCCGUGGUCGCCGGCUACGGCUCGCCCCGGCAGAAGGGCACGGUCAUGGGCACGCUGCGGAGCCUGGGCGCCCUGGCCAGGGCCGUGGGGCCCGUGGUGGCCGCCUCAGCGUACUGGCUGGCCGGCGCCCGCGUCUGCUCCACCGUGUGCGCGGCGCUCUUCCUGCUCCCCUUCUCCAUCCUGCGGACCCUGAACCCCGCGGCGCGGACACUCAAGGCCGAGUAGCUGGGCCGCCCGCCUGCGGUGAUGUGAGGGCGGGAGACUGCGCGGGUAAGGGGGUCCUGGGCCAGGCCAGCUCCCCGCUGCCCGCCUGACCCCCUCCGGCCCCCUGCCCCCCGCCCCCGGGGCCUGGGACUUGCAGCUCCAGGGUGCGAGACACUCAGGCAUGGACCUGCCUGUCAGGAUCAGACUGAAGCCUUCCAGACUUUGUCUUCAGUUCUCAGCGACACAGGGCCUCAGCUCAGCCUCAGAAUGACAAAGCAGCUGUUACACACCCAGUGCCUUCCUGCAGCGCACACCCCGUCCCCCCGCACCCUGGAGGGCUCCAGGGACCAGGGGCAGCAGCCGGAGUGACAGCUGUUCCAGCUGCACAGACCACAGGGUGCCAGGCUCUGCCCAGCCGUUUCCCUUCUACCCCGGGGUUGGGGGGAGGCCGCCUGGCGUCCCUCCCCUUGCCCAGGGCCCUGGCCGGAAGCGCCCAACGCCGCCCUCUGGGGAAGGACAGGCAGACGCCUGGGGCAGGGUGCUCUUCAGACAGAGUGACCCCCCCCCACCCCCCCCCCCCCGCCCGGCCCAAAGUGACACGCUCUGAUCAGGAGAUAAGCGCUCACUUUGGAAUCUUUGGAACAGUAAACUUACCAAGUCCUAUUUUAAAGGAGCAAACAAAAGGAAUUAAGAUGCGAGACUGCUUCCCAAGGUUAGACAAGGAAACUGCGUAAAGAAUUUUAUUUGUGAGUAAAACAUGUUACAAUGAAGAAAGGCCAUAGGACCUGUCCUCCCAAGCCUGUGUCUGUAUAUGCAACUAAACUUCAUGUUGAGAUACAAAGAGUUAAAAUAAACUACAAAAAUGAAA